AUGGGUCUAGAGGAGAACCGUGGGCCAAAAGAUGUCGAGAGGCUAGGACAAAAACUAGCCUUAGCGGAAGCUCCUUCCAUGCUGAGCGCGCGCGGGGUCGCGCUGGCUGGCUGGGCCCGGGCCGCUGAGGGGACUGUGGGGGGCGCCGGACCGGGAUGGGCCGGGGGGCUGCGGGGCCUUCGCCGCCCGCUGCCGCUCCCGCUCCCCGGGCCCGGCGCGGCGCAGCGCGACCCGCAGGGCUGGCAGGAGACGCUCAGCGCCACCGUGACCGCGCUGCGGGAGGGCGGCCUGGUAGCGGUCCCCACCGACACCAUCUAUGGAAUCGCGGCUCUAGCCCAGAGUUCUCAAGCAAUUAAAAAGAUCUAUAAUCUGAAAGGGCGUAAUGGGGGCAAGCCCCUGGCCAUCUGUCUGGGAGACGUGGAGCAUAUUUACAGGUACUGCCAUGUCAAUGUGCCGGAAGAGCUGCUGCGGGACCUACUCCCAGGACCUGUGACCCUGGUAUUGCAGCGCUCCGAAGGACUCAAUAAAGACCUGAACCCUUUCACGUCGUUGGUUGGCGUUCGUAUUCCAAAUCACACUUUCAUUAGGGAGGUGGCACAGGCUUGCUCAGGACCACUGGCUUUAACGAGUGCCAACAUCAGUACUCGGGCGAGCACGCUGACCGUCUCGGAAUUCCAAGACCUUUGGCCUCAGUUAUCCUUGGUCAUUGAUGGAGGUGCAAUUGGAGAUAUCCAGAGUCCAGAGUGUCGUCUGGGGUCAACUGUGGUUGACUUGUCUGUAUCUGGGAAAUACACCAUUAUUCGGCCUGGCUGUGCUCUGACACCGACAGUUGAAAUCCUGGGGAAGAAAUAUGGCUUGACAUCAGAACCUUCUUGUUCGUGAGAUACCAAACUCUGGAAGCUGUGCGGAGUCGGUAAAACUGGGCACCAUGUGCCCGUCUCUUCAGGAAGUCAGUGUCAAUGGCCUUGUUUAAUAAGGUCAAUGGUUGUAUCAGUCCUCAUGUUUCACCCUGGGUCUCUUCAUCAUUUGUGUGUAAUGAUGAGCAUUUCUCUGUUAUAAAUGCUUAGAUUUAAGGUGUCUGGAUCUCUGCAAUGUUUCUUUGUUAGUGCCAUUAAAGUGUGAAUUUUGUACAUACACUGUUACCUUUGGAGGUGGUGGCUUUUCAUCUUUCUAAGACUAAUCUCUGUGCAGCCUAGAGUUACUUAUUGUAGAGAUGAAGAUUUGACUAGCAACUACCCUGCUAAACAAGGCCCAUCAUGCAGCAAGGCAUGGAGCAGCUGGACUGUUAUCAAAUCUCAAAAAAGAUGAACGAGGGCUUUAUAACCCAGAUGCUAUUGUAAGUGAGACACAACCACAGGGAUAGCUUUUUGCUUAUUCCACUCUCGCACUAAAUGAGGCGUACUCUGGUACCAUGCACAGAACUUUGCAUCAGGAGCUCUUUAUAUAAGAUUCCUUUUUGAUUGUCAGGUCAUUACAGUGGAAAUAUGGACAAAGUGCUGAGUAGGAAUACAAAAGAAUAGCACCAGUAUGGAGGGACACAAUUGCAAGGAUAAGGGACAAAAGAAGUUACACCUGGUAAGGGAUAUAAAAGGUAAUAAGCAGAGGUUCUAUGAGCAUCAAGAGUUUAAAUACAAAGAUGGGUGUAUGUGAGUACCUAGUAUUAAAUAAGGAUAUUAAUAUAAUAGGCAUCAUAGAAAUGUGGUGGAAUGAUGAUAAUCAGUGGGACAUGGUAAUACCAGGGUACAAAAUAUAUACAAACAGAGUAGGUUGUGAAAGAAAACAGAUUCAUACAAAAAACUCUACCAUAGAAUCUCUUUGGAUAGAAAUUCCAUGCUUGGAGAGUAGGAGUGUAGAAGUAGGAAUACACAACUGACCACGGGAGCAGGCUGGUACUAGUGAUUGUGCAACAUGCAGAGGUUAUAAAAAAUAAAAACAAUAAUAAUGGGGGCUCCAACUACCCUCUAUUGACUGGGUACAUGUCACCUCAGGA